CGGAAGUGAGUGGCGCAUCUCGUCUUUCACAAAUUAUCUUGACCCAAGCGCCGGCGGGAGCUCGGCGCUGCGGCGGAGACUCAGAGGCGGAAUCUCGGGUCUCUGAUUGAAUCAGACCGGGCGCCGCUGCAGAGACUGUGAGGCAGCGCUGUAAACUUCAGAGAGGGGGGAGGGGAGCCAGAAUCAGCUCUGACCAGCCCGGACACGGCAUGCGGCACACAGGCGGCGCUGAAACCGCAGGCACGAGGCAGAAGGAGUGCAGCAGGAUGAGGCCUCAGCAGGUCUGAGAGGCUCGGCGAGAAGCAGCUGGCUGUUGAGGACCUGUAGUUUCGGAUCUGUGCUGGUUCGGAGAGGCUCGUGUUCCCUUCAGCAGUACGCUAUGCCGCUGCAGCUGGCUCGGGUCGCGCGCCGCAUCUGUAGCUCCGCCUCUGUCCGCAGUCUGAGCGCCCACACCAACAGGAGGCUUAGGGUGCUGGUGGACAUGGACGGGGUCAUCGCGGACUUCGAGGGGGGGUUCCUGAAGAAGUACAGGCAGAGGUACCCGCACGAGCCCUACAUCAGCCUCGAGGAGCGCAGGGGGUUCUGGGUGUCCACGCAGUAUGGAGAGCUGAGGAGCGACCUCUGUGAGAAAGCCAUUGGCAUCUGGGAGUCCAAAAACUUCUUCAUAGAGCUGGAUCCUCUUCCAGGAGGGGUGGAAGCUGUGAAGGAGAUGUCCAGGAUGGAGAACACAGAUGUCUUCAUCUGCACCAGCCCCAUCAAACACUACACGUACUGUCCGUACGAGAAGUUCGCCUGGGUGGAGAAGCACCUGGGACCGGAUUUCCUGGAGCAGAUCAUUCUGACCCGAGACAAGACGGUAGUGACCGGGGACGUCCUCAUCGACGACAAGCCCGAUAUCCAUGGCGCAGAACCCAACCCGGCCUGGGAACACGUUCUCUUCACCUCCUGCCACAACAAGCACCUCCCAGCCGACCCGGCACAGCGACGGCUCCUCUCCUGGGAGGAUGACUGGAGGGGCCUCUUGCAGAGCAAACGCCAGCGGGACCCUCAGGAGCAUUAGGAGGAGCAGUGGGCUGACGAUCGGAGUAGACGGGGGGUGCGUGACGGGGGUGAUGCAGCCUCAUCCGCCUCCCGUCACCUUCCCUUCAUAUCACACAGCAAUCACAGCUAUUGAUCCUCACUGUCAGGAGGUCAGAGCUGUGGUCGAGUUGUCAGUUCGGUCAGUAAGUUCUGAGUUUACAUCGAUCAAAAACUGCCUCACACUUUAUUUUGGAGAACCUCUCCAGCGCUCCUCAGCUGGACCUCCAUCUGCCAGACCUCCGUCUGCCGGGUCUUUACUGGACAGUCCAGAAACCAUAAAGAGCACAGAACCCACAUGCUUGCAGUCGGGUCCGUGGGCAGUGGCUGAACUCCAUCUGAGGUGCUCUAGGCAAAGCCGCGGUGAGCUAAGGGUCCUGUUAAAAUGCAAUAUUUUCUAAUUUUAUUAUAAUUAUUAUAUAAUAUCAUUAUAUAAAUAUCAUUAUAGAGCCAGAAAACAAUGACUUAGAUGUGAAUGAUAUGCGUGGACUUGAAAAUACAAGGAAAAUGUGGGAUAUGGGUCCUUUAAAUAAUCCUAAAAUGCCCUUACAGCACCUUCAGCAUGAGAAAUGUUAGACAUAUAGAUCAGAUUUAAGAUGAGUUCACCUGCUGAGAUGGUACAGUUCACAGUUCAAAGCCUCAACUCAUCUAAAAAUCUACAUCAGUCUAUGCAUGCUUUUUACCCAGAACUCCCAGAAUCACUAACUCUGCCCCAAAUUGUCAGUAAACAGUUUGGAAUGUGCUGCAUGCAACGCAAAUAAACGGCUCGGAAAAAGUCUAAAUAUU